AUGAAAAUUGGAACGGCUCCCAAAAUCACUGCCGGGGCAAUAGGCAUCGUUGCUCUUGCCAACAGAGGCAAAGUCCGAGAUCUCUAUGACCUCGGUGAGCAAUUAUUAAUUAUCUCAACGGAUCGGAUCUCGGCGUUUGAUGUUGUGCUGCCGAAUGGGAUUCCGUACAAAGGGCAAAUCCUGACCGGACUCUCUGAGUUCUGGUUUGAUUACACAAAAUCAAUUGUCGAUAAUCAUAUCAUCACGACUGAUGUUUCACAGUAUCCUGACGCGCUGCAGACCGAUGCGGAGGUGCUUGAAGGACGGUCAAUGCUUGUGCGGAAGGCGAAUCGAAUCGAUAUCGAAUGUGUCGUGCGGGGAUACAUCGCGGGUUCUGCGUGGUCGGAGUAUAAACAGGAUGGAACGGUAUGCGGGGAAAAGCUGCCGGCAGGACUAGUAGAGUCAGAACGUUUGCCAGAACUCAUCUUCACCCCUUCCACGAAGGCGGAGCAAGGUGAACAUGAUGAGAACAUCUCAAUCGCAGAGAUGGAGGAGGCGAUUGGGAAGGAUUUGUCAGAAAAGAUUAUCCAGACCAGUUUCGCGCUGUUUGAAGCGGCAAGCGAACAUGCAGAAAAGGCGGGUAUCAUCCUCUGCGACACCAAGUUUGAGUUUGGGCAGAUUGACGGUCAGCUGAUUCUUAUUGAUGAGGUCUUCACCCCCGAUUCCUCUCGCUUUUGGCCCAAGGACGAAUAUAAGCCCGGCAGUUCGCCGCGCAGCUUUGACAAACAGUAUGUUCGUGACUAUCUGAGUGAUAUUGGCUGGAACAAAGAGCCCCCGGCGCCUGAAUUGCCAGCAGAGGUCAUCCGCCAAACCAGCGAAAAAUAUCUGGAGGCGUAUCGCCUGAUUGUUGGUCGGGAAUUAUUGUGA